CAUUGUGUCAAAACGCAGGUGAAUGUUCUGUGCUGAAUUGCGUGUUUUAUCUGUAUAAAUCCGUUCUCGUAAGUGCGUAACGAACAUUUAUUUUUAUCGGGAGUGUCGAUUAAAGUAUCGAGCGAUAUUAAUUAUCGUGUUUGCGAUUAACAGCGUUUCGUCAAUUGUUAUCACAGAUUCGUACAGCCAAUACAGUUCAAACUGUAACGUAUCUUGAUAACACAGAUACAGUAUGUAUUACGUAGAUGCGCGAUAUACUUUGCAUUAGAUUAAUAACAUGAAACUUAGCUAUUGCCGCACAACCACUAAGAAAAUUGUUGUCUGUUCGCUUAUUUUGAUUGUGUGUACAAUAUAAGGUUAUGAUUCUGCGAAUUACAGAAUGUUUUUUAUCUCGUGUUUACGUUUUGUGUCGUAAAUUCGCGAUGUGAAUCUGUGAAAAGUGGAACUACACAUAACUGACUUCGAGUUUUCAGUAUUCAUCGAUGCUUCAAUGGAGCUGGUGUAGAGUAUUUUAAGGCAAAAUUUGUAGCAGAUAGAGAGGUACAAUUGGAAGGUAUACUUAACUCGGAUUCAUCGAUCGAUACUGCACAAAAUCGAAGCAAAUUUCUGUCAACCUUUGAUGCGCAAUACCAGAAUUAUAAAUUGAAGGGGAAUGUGAACUAGAAUCUUCUGCCGUCAACGAUGCAUGUAUGAAGCAAUGCAAUCUAUUACAUAUGAAAGACUCGAAGAGUACUUUUUGCAGCUUACUGGAAACUCUAUUGAAAUUUAUUUUACUGCAAGAGUUCGUACAAUUAAAUAUAAACCGACAUCAAUAUAUUAUAAAUAAAGAGAAGUACAAAAGCUGUACUCCAAAUAAAUGUCAACUAGUUGCCUUAUCUGUGUAAGCUUUAUUCACAGUUUAUACAGUUUAAAAUCGGAUAAUUUCGACAGAAUCAUUGAAUUGCUGCUACAAACCAACGACGAAAGCAAUUUGCGACGUUAUUUGUUAUAUUGUCAUUUUACGUACAAUCGAACGUUAAGUGAGACAAAAUUAUAUUAUAUUGUACGUGCCUUAUUCUGACAUAAUAUGAGUUAUUCCAUGCCUUUUUGAGACCGCAGCCGGAACUAAAUCUAAGUUGUUUAAACAAAGAAGUCUUUCUUCUGCAACUUAUCUUCUCUUCUGCCGGCAGAAUGCAAGUAUAACUGCGAUAUUUCUUCAAACCGCAUCUGUGCCUUGCUAAGAAAAAUCUUUCCUGCUAUCCAAGCUGGUUUUUCUACAAUCCUCAUUAUUAUGAUCUUUUUCCUACAAAACUUCUGUCAUAUAAUAGAAAUAGAUAAAUGCGAAAUAAGACAUCUACUUAAACACUUAAAAAAGAUUCAAUAACAUGUUAAGAUAAUUACUCGACAUGACUUUAUUCGGAUGAAUUUAUGAAUACGUUAUGCCAUGUUAGAUACGUGAGAAUAAUAAGCAGACCCAAAGAUGCGAAAUAAUACGCAAUGUCGCAAUUAAUACAUCAGCUGCAAAACAUGUGGAUAGAAUAUUUUUGAGAGAACAUAACAAUGGCAAAAACAAUGAACAAGAAGUCAUAUUUCUUCGUCAGUCUGAUCGUAACUUCGAUCUUGACGUGUCUUUACUUCAUAGUUUUUUAUGAUAAUUUCAAAAUAAAGGAAAUGUUUGUCAGAGCAUACGUACUUCCUGAAGAAAAUGAGUUUGUAGAAAAAAUGAUCGAUACAAAAGAAUAUAGAAGAAAAGGCAUGAAGACCAUUCUUCUAUGGAACACAUUCUUCGGUGACAGAAACUUUUAUUUCGGAGAAGGCGAUAUUUUCCGCGAUUGUCCCAUCAAUACAUGUAAGAUCUUCAAUGACCGGGACUAUUUAAAUGUGGAAGACUACGAUGCGAUUCUUUUUCAUGGUAAUGAGCUGAAUAAAUAUGACAUGCCGGCAAGGCGGAAGCCGAAGCAACUCUACGUUUACGUCAACUUAGAAAGUCCAGCAAAUAGACAAGUGCCUUCUGACUUCGAGGACUAUUUCAAUCUCACGAUGACAUACCGGCUCGACAGUGAUAUACCAUGGACUUACGCCUUCGUCGAAGAAAUAAAAAGUGGCAAGUUCGUCGCACCUUCAAAGAACCCUGAUUGGAGCGCUUACCGAAAUACAAGUGUAGAGGAAGCGGUAGACGACGAGGUGCCGUCUGCGAUAUUGGACGUCGUCAGGGGUAAGAGCAAGCUGGUAACUUGGUUUGUAAGCAAUUGCCAGGCCAAAAGUGGCCGGCUAAAGUACGUGGAGGAGCUGUCGAAGCACAUAGGCGUCGACAUCUACGGCGGGUGCGGCACAUUUCGCUGCAGCAGAGGCAAGAGCUGUUUUAGCGAUGUAGUCGAGCCGAACUACUUUUUCUACCUGUCCUUCGAGAAUUCCUUCUGCGACGAUUACGUGACGGAGAAGCUGAUGAACCCGCUCAGGUAUAACGUCAUCCCAGUGGUUUACGGAGGCGCCAAUUAUAGUCAGUUCGCACCACCAAAUUCCUACGUGAACGCUUUGGACUUCGAGAAUCCGAAGAAGCUCGCCACGUACUUGAAAUAUCUCUCUCAAGAUCUGCGACGAUAUCAAAGCUUCCUACAAUGGAAGAAAUAUUAUCGAGUCAACAUGGAAACGAAACGAACUGUUUGUACUCUUUGCGAAGUGCUCCAUAAGCAAAACCAGCCAAAAAUGUAUCCGAUCUUAUCAGAUUGGUACGCGAAAAAUAAAUGUUCUAUACAAACACUUCUGGAUUACAACGGUGAUAAAUACGCAACGAAAAUGACAUUAAUUAAUCGUGGGUAAAAUCAAAUUAGAACGCAGAAAUCAACAGUGUAUUAGAAUGAAAUGUUGCAGAAUACCCGGGAGACUGGACGCAAAUGUCAAAUGUAAAUUAUAUCACGACCUUAUAUAUGAUUGAAAAUCAAUAGGUGUGACAAUCGUAAAAACGUAAUUUUUCGCUAUUGCAUUUUUGAUUUCGCUAUUUUAGGCAACUUCAUUGAACGUUGGUAAGCAGAAUACGAUUUUGAUGUGAGUACUUCUUGAAUUUAUCUUGAAUAUUGAACACGACCUCGUGAAAGUUUAUCGAUGUUGUUCGAUCCAAUUUAUCUUAAUUUUGGAAAUUUUUAAUAAGAUAACUGAAUUUAUAAGUAAUAAUAUUUUGCUAUAGGAUUUGUCAAAAUCUUUUGUUUGUUCAAAAUUAGCAUUUUGAACAUCCCUAAGAUUAUAACAUCAUAAGUGAGUAUGUAAUUUUGAUGCCCGAUUUAUGCAUCGAUAAUGGAUCAUUAGCCAAGGAUAUGUAGUGAAUGUAUUUACUACUACAUAUGUGUAUUUACUACGUAUUUACUACUCACUUGGUUAGUUAAGAUCAAAGCAGCCAAGCUCCACCGCCCUAAUACUACUAUAUUUCAACAAUUUAAGCGAAGCAAAUCUGUGAUGUAUUGAUCGCACGAUAUCCAUAAAGAUAGCUUUCAAAGAUUGCGCAUUUAAUUUCAACAAUUUAUUUAUACAAUAGACUUAACGAAUAUAAUGCGCAUGUUUACAUAAAAGACUGAUGUUAACUUUAUUUUCAUCAAAAAAAUAUCUGUCAGCAAGUUAAACAAUUUUUUCGUGAUAUAUUUCUUAAUAUUU